GCAGCAAUAGUGGUAUGCAUUUUGGUAUUUGUGUGGUACGUGUGUUCUUUGGUAUCCAGCACUGUGUGUCAAUAUAGUAGGGCGGAAUAUAACAGGAUGGUUAUUAAGCGCUCGUUCUUCGCACAUACACGCUAUGAAUAGAAUAUAAUGAUAGUUUAUCAAGUAAUGCGCAUGUGCGUACGUGUUUUUGUUUUGUUUUUUUGUAUGUAUUUGUAAGUAUGCUUUUUUUUUGUUUUGUUUUUUUUGUAUGCGCGCACUCGUUUGCAUUCAAACGUUUUUGUAUUUACAUGUAUAUCAUAUUUGUACGCAUUCCAGUCCCCCGGCGUUCAAUUGAUUACAAACGAAGUAGGAUGGGGGACGGCGGUUGCUCAUUGCUAACGCGGUCAGUCUGCAUGUGAUUCUGUAGUGCAUAACACGUCGAAUAUUAUCCUUUCUCGUACAUUUGAACAGCAGGAACGUUUAUUACGAAAUGACGGAAUUUCACCAAUCUUUGCUGUAGAACCACAAUGACCUGCCUUGGGUAUGCUGGUCGGGCCACCUGCCUCCUCCUGCUGGGGAGCUGGUGGACGUACCGAGUCCUUCGCCGCUACUUCCUGGGGCAGGCGAAGGACGCGGAGGACUUCGAGGGGAAGGCGUGUCAGCACAACUACCGCAGUACAGCCUCGUUCGGUGGUUCGCGACGGUCGUGGGACCACGUGGAGGCCUUGCUGAAGGUGCUGGUGCCGCUCUUCGCCAUGACAGACGAAUUCAUCUCGGGCUGGGCGGAGGCGAGCAUCCACUCCGGGGUCGAGCACGCCCACCACGGCAUGACCUACUUCUUCUUCCUGCUCUCUGGCCUGGCUGACCUCAACCCGACCUUCCUUCCGGAUCUCGAUUACGUCACACUCAUCCUCGCCACAGUCAUGCACGCCUUCUCCAUUUUCUAUGACUUGCAUGGGCGGAAUUCAUUGGACUCUGAGGUCCAUAUGAUUCUGCUCUACGUCGUGUUGGCCUGCGCGGUGUCUACUGCCUUGGAGAUGUCCUACAAAAACAACGUUUUGCCCGCUCUCUGUCGGAGUUAUUUCACGGUUUUGCAGGGAACGUGGUAUUACCAGGUGUGGCGCCUGACCUCUCACCCUGGCGAAGAAUGGGAAAUCUACAGCCCUUCGCAACAGCUGGUUUCCCUGCUCUUCACGUGGCAUGUCGCGGUUGUCUUGCUGCUGUUGAUUGUCUGUGCUGCUUUCGUGAGGAGGAUGAGCGAUCCAGAACCGUUCUUAUUGCCUCUAAAUAUUGUCCAGUUGAGGAAGAUGCCAUGAUGGUUGGGUGUAAGUGAUACCGUACCUUACGAAGCGUAAGGAUGAUAAGAUGCAGUGAUUAAAUGAGAUGGAUGAAGUAAAGGGACACGUUCAUUACUUUCUGAAAAUGUACUGUGUUUCGUGUAGGAUUUUCGUGGUUCGGUUUAGUGGCAAAUCUGUAGCCUUUCACUGGCAACAAUAAGGUCAUUUUCAUUGUUUCAUCACAAAAUUACGCGUGCAUUAUUUUCUAAUAUAUCUAUAUAUUUAUAUUUUCAUGUUUCACACCCAUUAUAUCACCAGAAGUCGUGCCUUUGUCGUAACUUGUGAAGAAAGUAUUAGACAAUAUACAUGUUCAUAAAA